GCUAUUGGUCAGCAAACGCACUUUAUCGAAACACUUCCUGCAAUGCUUUAUGUUUCUGGCAGAGAAAUAUAGAUAACGGCGUUGUCUGGUAAACAAAACAAAAAACUUCUAUUUAAGUUGCAGAUGUGGAGCAGGAUAUUGAGUCCUCGUGUGAUUGGUAGAACAGGUUUCUGUUGGAGGAGUCUUUUCACCAUGCAGCUGAAGACCAGUGAGUUCCAGUCUCUGUUCACUGAUGGACUGAGUGGACUAGCAGAGGUGUUUGAGAAGCAGCAGCAUGAGCUGAGGAUAGCUGGAGGUGCCGUACGAGACCUGCUGUCUGGGAAGCGGCCUGAAGAUGUGGACUUUGCCACCACAGCCACUCCAGAGGAGAUGAAGCGAAUGUUCCAAACAGCUGGCAUCCGGAUGAUCAACAAUAAAGGAGAGAAGCAUGGGACCAUUACAGCAAGACUACACAAUGAGAACUUUGAGGUGACCACAUUGCGAGUGGAUGUUCAGACAGAUGGACGUCAUGCAGAGGUGGAAUUCACCACUGACUGGCAGAAAGACGCUGAGCGGAGAGACCUCACCAUCAAUUCCAUGUUUUUAGGGCUUGAUGGCACAUUAUAUGACUAUUUCAAAGGUUACGAAGACCUGCAGAACCGAAAAGUUCGGUUUGUUGGCAGUGCUGAACAAAGAAUCCAAGAGGAUUACUUGAGGAUACUGCGUUAUUUCAGGUUCUACGGCAGGGUGGCCCUGGCGCCAGAUGACCAUGAGCCUGAGACGCUGGUUGCUAUUAGGGAAAACGGUCGUGGACUUGCAGCUAUAUCGGGAGAACGGAUUUGUGUGGAACUAAAGAAGAUGGUUGUUGGUAGCCAUGCUGCUCAUCUGCUGGAGCUGAUAUACAGUCUGGAACUGGCCCAGUACAUAGGUUUGCCUCCAGAUGGCGAUGUUGAGGAGAUGAAGAGAGUAUGGCAGAAUGCCAAAGACCACUCUCCCAAACCUAUGACCAUCCUGGCUGCUCUCUUCCGCCGCCCAGAGCAGGUGGAAAAGAUGGACCUCCGGCUGAAGGUGUCCAAGGAGGAGAAGACUUUGGCUCUGUUCUUGGUCAGAUACAGACGGGAGCUCCGCAAGAGCGAAGACGACCCGGACAGCCUCAAACCCUUCACUGACUUCAUCAUUGACAGUCGGGAGCUGGAUUCCCAGAGUAAAGUGUGUGAGCUAUUGAAGUAUCAAGGUGAGGAGAAACUGCUGGCGGAGCUCUGCAGGUGGUCCAUCCCUCGCUUCCCCGUCAGUGGUCACGACCUGAGGAGGAUGGGGGUCACGUCGGGCAAGGAGAUAGGUGCCACCUUACAGGAGCUCCGCGACAUCUGGAAGAAAAGUCGUUAUCAGAUGGACAAAGAUGAACUCCUCAGUUAUGUAAAGUCUUAAAUGAGGAGAAAAGUGGAUGGGUUUUUGUGUCGGACAAUAAUGAUCUAGACACUUACCGCUGUAAUCGUGUUGCUCACAGGUAUUGAUUGAGCAGACUGCUGCACAUUGUUGAGAAAGGACAUUACAAGAACUGAAACAUGCAUGGCCACUGAUGACUGCAAUUUCAUAUUAAAUUAGCCCAAUACCACUUUUGUUCUCCUGCAUCACCAGGGGUUAAAGUGGGAUCUGGAAGGUGGGGCUCCCCCAAGAACAAAUGUUACACUUCAAAGUUUCUUACUGCUUUUAAAGUCUCUAUCCACUACUCAGCACUUAAAGAAAACUCACUUUUAAAGCGGUUUCACCUGUCACUCCUGUCACUUACCAUUUGACCGGUUGCUGAAAAGCAUUUAAAGGCUAUUUAUAUCUAACAGUCACUCCACACAAAACACACUGGGGCUACAUUCACUCCAGCUAACUCUGCGUCACAGCUGCGACCAUAUAAGAGAUUGUACUACUAGACAAUGACCGCUGAUCAUAUGUGUUAUUACAGAGCUCCAUGAAAUUCCUUGGAUAAACAGCUGUUCUACCAUGCUCAUUUGCUAUAGUAAAUUAUAAAUGUCCUCGUUAAAACCAUAAUGGAAAGCAGCAGUAUGGUUUUGAUUGUUUUAGUUUUCUCCUCGGUUUAACUGCAUUAUUUCUUUGCUAUGUUUUCUGAACAGAAAAUGCUCCAUAAAAAGGUUCUACUUUUUAUUGAUACAA